AUGGCAGAGACUGCAGCCGCAACAGCAGCCGCCGCGACGAGUUUCCCACGUGGUGGCAGGAAGUCCAAAGCGUCGCUGGACACGACAAAGUCGCCCACGUCGAUCGCUUCUCCAGGCGAUGCGCUGUUUGGCAAGCGCGGAUUGGCCACUGCUUCGGCCGAGGAGCAGCCGGUGAAGAAGAAGAAGAAGAAGACGCCGGUCGACGCAAAGCGAACCAGCAGCAAAGACGCGCUCCCGGCGGCUGCGACUGCUGAUGUGCUGAGCUUCAAGACGCUGCGCAAGGGAAUGCUGCUGCUGGGCUGCGUGCGCCAGGCCGCAGACGGCCAGGACCUGCUCAUUAGCUUACCGAAUAAACUCAACGGCACAGUGGCUCUCGCAGAGUGCUCGGACGAGUUUCAUGAGCACAUGCAGACGCUCAAGACACGGUCUAAGACGCCAACGGAGCAGGAGCAGGACGAUGAGCAGCUACCGCCGCUCAGUGCCGUCUUUCAAGCUGGUCAGUUUGUGCCAUGUGUCGUGCUGGGCACGUCAAAGGCGAACAAGCACAAGCAGAUCCAGCUGUCGCUGCGCACGUCGCUCAUCCACGCUGAGCUCAGCCCCAGCAGCCUCGUCAAGGGCGCCUCGUUGCACGCUACAGUGUCAUCUGUCGAAGACCAUGGCGCUAUCGUCAACGUGGGCAUCCGCGGCGUGCAUGCGUUUGUGCCGAGCAAAGAGCUUGCGACGCCCUUGGUCAAGGGCCAGCACGUGCUCGUUAGCGUGAUCUCCAUGAACACGCACACGAACACAGCCACUGUGACGAUCGACCGCAACCAAGUGGUCAAGGCCGUCACACGUGGCGACUCUUUUACUCUGAAGCAGCUCGUGCCAGGAAUGCUGCUUAAUGUCCGCGUUGAGGAUGUCUUGGCAAAUGGCCUGAGCGUCACGUUCCUCACCUUUUUCACAGCAACUGUCGAGCAGAACCAUAUGAGUCUGCCGUGCGAGUCUGGCUGGGAAGAGUCGUACCGCAAAGGCAUGAAGGCGCGUGCACGGAUCAUGACUAUUGACUACGUCGCCAAGAAAAUCACGUUGUCUAUGGCUCCACACGUGGUGCACUUGCAGGUGCCACCGUCGCCCUUUUCGGUGGGCGACAUUAUUGAAGAUGCCACGAUCGAGCGGAUCGAUGCUGGCAUUGGCAUGCUGCUAUCGCUGACGAGCAAGACUGAAGAUGUCGAGAUGGAAGACGCUAGCGAGAAGAAGGGGUCGAUGACAAACGCCAAGUGGAAAGCGUUUGCGCCUGGAUAUGUGCACAUAUCGAACGUCUCGGACAAGCGUGUGGACAAGCUCGAGAAGAAAUUUACCGUGGGCUCGAGCAUAAAGUGCCGUGUACUGGGCUUUGCGCCAUUUGACGCUGUUGUGAGCGUGAGCUGCAAGGAAGCCUUGAUCUCACAGACUGUCCUGCGUCACAAGGAUCUGGAGCCAGGCACCAAGGUCAGCGGCAAGAUUCUGUCUGUUGAGCCGUGGGGCAUGCUGAUGGAAAUCAGUGAAGGCGUGCGCGGUUUGGUAACACCGCAGCAUAUGCCGGCGUUUUUGCUGAACAAGAAGGCCAACAACAAUGGCAAGUAUAAGGUUGGCAAAGUCGCGACUGCUCGCGUGCUGCACGUGAACUUUGAAGCCAAGAAGACGUUUCUGACCAUGAAGUCGGGACUGCUGGCAUCAGAGCUUCCUGUAUUGAGCUCGUUCGAGGAAGCAACGAUCGGCUUUCUCGGCCACGGUUUCAUCGCGAAGAUUGCCGAGUAUGGUGUUAUCGUCAGCUUCUACAAUAACGUGUACGGUUUGGUGCCCAUGGCUGUACUCCAGCAGGCUGGUAUUGAGAAUCUGGAGGAAGCUUACACUCUUGGUCAAGUCGUUAAGGCCCGCGUGGUACGUUGCGAUGCUAGCGAGAAGCGACUGAUGCUUUCGUUUGACACGACGUCAAGCAGCUCAGGUACCAAAUCCAGUGCUGCUCCAGAAAGCACCUCGAAACUCGUGGGAACGAGGAUUGUUGACGUCAAGAUUACAGCUACCGAGUCCACGGGCUUCCGAGUUCAGACCAAAGACGGAAUCGAAGGUGUGCUUCCGUUUGUCCAGUUGACAGACUUCCCGCGCAACACAUCGCUGGUGGACGAAAUUGUGAAGCGCUUUAGCGCUGGUGAUGUCAUUACAGAUCCGCUACUCGUUCUGUCGGAGGACACUGACGGCGUCUUGACGCUGUCAAAGAAGCCGCUACUGCUCGAGUUUGCUGCACGCACUGCCAUUCUCCCGCGCACCUUUGGCGACGUGAAGGAAAAGGCCGUCUUGAUCGGUUAUGUGACGUCCGUGAAUGCCUCGAAGGGUGUAUUUGUCAAGUUUCUGAACAACCUCGUCGCUGUGGCGCCGAAAGGAUUCCUCAAGGAGCAGUUCGUUGCGCAGAUCGAAGAAGGCAUGUUUGAAAUUGGCGAGACCGUGACCUGCUGUGUCGAAAAGGUUGACAAAGAGAAGAAGCGGUUUGUUGUCGGUUUCCAGCAGCACGCCUUCCUGCAGACUACGAACAGUGCAAACAAGGCACGACCAGCUUACUUCCAGGCGUACCUUCGCGAGCAGGUUGCAGUCCGUAACACUGUCGAAGCUAAGAAAGUGCUGUGUGCACUUGGCAAGACAGAGAAGGCCGAAUUUGUUGGUGUCCGCCCGUAUGGCGCUGUCUUUGCGUUAGAGAAGGACGAGGAGACUGCGACGGUGUUGGUGCCUGCGUCGACGGAGCAAGCCGAGAACUGGAGCGCAGGUGACACUGUCAAGCUGUUGCUGACCGACUUUAAUUUCAGCAAGAACGUGUACUACGGAGCUACCGACGAUUCCCUGGUGAAGAGCGGAUCCAAGCGCUCGCGUAAACAAAAGCAGCACAUCAAGGCAGGAGAAAAGAUCGCGGCCGCCACUGUCCUGACGGUUAGUUCCACGGAGAAACAUGCAGUAGUGUCUUUCCCGGAUCCACAGAACGCUGGUGUGCUACACAUUGGCGUGCUGCAGUUGUGCGACUUUUGGUGUCCCUCGCAGACAAGCAGCCAGCUUGGUAUUGAGGUGGGCGCGUCAUUGGAAUGUCGUGUGUUGCAGUCUUCACUGCAGAUCGGCUCCGUUGCAUCGCCGUUCGAUGGUCUCGCGUUGUUGGCGCUCGAGGAAGCCAUGCUGGUCUCGAAGCCGAAGAAGUCUGUGCGCAAGUUGCCAUCCAAGCUGCCGAAGUAUACACCGGGUGACUUUGUGCUUGGCAACAAGCUGACCGGUGUCAUUGCCAGCAUUGCCGAGAGCUCGAUGGAGAUCCACUUCGAGCUCGGCAAGAAAGUGGGUAAGACCCGUACGUUGGUAUCCAUUGUUGAUGUCGAUGCCAUCGACGAGAAGUCCGGCCACUCGCAUCCGUUUGACAGGUACGCAGUCAACGCCACAGUCACAGGUCGAGUCAUCGCCGUGACCACCAAAGGUCCCAACAAACUCAAGCCUGUCAGUGAGGAGAAUCCGGCAAAGUUUCACGCCCUGCAGCUGUCACUGCGCACAGAAGACGUGGCUGGCGACGAGAAGGUGACUGACGUCCAGCGAUUUGCUCGUCCAGAUUGGCUGGAGGGCAGCGCGGGUCGAGCCCUGCUGAAGGAAGGCAACUCUGUCGAGGGAGUUGUUGUCGAGCAGUGCGCGGACCACUUGAGUGUCAAGCUGAGCAGCAAUGUCACGGGCACGCUUAGCUGCACUGAAGUGUCAGAGGAAGUGGAGGUGAUGCGUGCAUUGCAGGACAACUUCCCAGUAGGCAAGCGCGUCAAGUGUUUCGUGCUUCAAGUCGACGAUGAGAAAAAGGCGAUCGACCUGUCCGUGAUCCACUCUUCGUCAGCCCUGGUCAAGGCCGAGCUCAAGCCCGGGGCUAUCGUGAACGGCGUGAUUUCGACCAAAAAGUCGGCGAUUCGUCCACCAUCGAUCAUGGUGCAGCUUGGAGCGCACACGUUUGGACGCGUGUGUGUGACCGAGCUUCUGACUGAGUGGAAGAACGACAUGCUGAAGCUGCCCCAGUUUGCUGCGGGCAAAGUCGUCCGCUGCGUUGUCCUUUCGACCGCUGGCAAUCACAUCGACUUGUCUCUGCGCACAGAUGCGCUGGCGAACCCGAUGGAGUACGCGAAGAAGGCGUCCAAGCCGCUCGAGCGCAAGAUUGGCGAACUGGUGCCAGCAAUUGUGACGAUGACGACCACGAGUGGAUGUUUUGUGCGUGUGGACCGCCACACGACGGCCCGUGUGAUGCUGCGUGACCUCAGCGACGAUUUCGUGAAGGACCCGCAGACUCAGUUUCCGGGUGGCAGGUUGGUCGCUGGUCGCGUGACGAAGAAGUCGGAUCGCGGUCUAGAGCUCAGUCUGAAGGCGUCGGUCGUCUCGGAAGACGUGUCAAUGUUCAAGUGGAGCGAUCUGAAGGAGGGUCUGACAGUCAAGGGCACGAUCACAAAGGUGCAAGCUUAUGGCGUUUUCGUGCGCAUCGAGAAGAGCACGAUCAGUGGUUUGUGCCACAUCUCGGAGGUUGCGGACGAGAAGGUGACGCAGCCGCUGGAUCAGGUUUUCUCGGAGGGCGAUUAUGUCAAGGCCAAGGUGCUCAAGGUCGAGGAUCGUCGCGUAUCGUUCGGUCUGAAGCCGUCGUACUUCCAAGGUGAGGAGAGCAGCUCGGAAGAGGAAUCCGAUGAGGAGGAGGAGGAGGAAGAGCAAGAGGAGAAGGCUGGAGACAGUGAAGAGGAGGAAGCUGGUGACAACGAAGAUGAGGAAGAGGAGGAGGAAGCGGAGCCAAUGGAGGUGGACGAAGAAGAUGAAGAAGAGGCUGUUGUCAAGAAGUCGACAGAAAAGCAGUCGAAGGCUGUGGCCACGGAGCUUGAACUGGACAACGACGGAUCCUCGACGGAAGAGGAGGUCGAGAGUAGCGUUGCUCCAGUCGAAUUCAGCUGGGACGGAUUCUCGAGCGUGCUGAGCAAGCAAACAAACGACAAGGACGACGAUGCAAUGUCUUCGGAUACGGAGACGGACGACGAAGAGGACGCUGCAAGGUCUUCCAAGUCCAGCAAGAAGACGUGUGUCCAGAGUGAUGAGUGGGUGGCUCUACGUGAGAAGGCGCUCGCUGGCAAUGACGAGGUUCCUCAGAGUGCAAGUGACUACGAACGUCUGUUGGCCGUGUCGCCGCAGAGCUCGUACCUGUGGAUCCAGUACAUGGCUUUCCAUGUGUCCCUUACCGAGGUCGACCUCGCUCGUGACGUUGCAGUUCGUGCGACUUCAGCUGUCUCGUUCCGCGAUGAAAAGGAGAAGCUCAACGUGUGGGUGGCGUAUCUGAACUUGGAGCAUGACUUUGGUGACGAUGCGAGCUUUCUGCGCGUGUUCAAGAGUGCUCUGCAAGUGAACCACCCGAAGCGCGUGUAUCUCCACUUGGUCGACUUGUACGCUCGUGCCGACGAGCACGAGGACGUGAACCAGACGCUGGCAACGAUGCAGAAGAAGUUCCGAGCGAGCAAACAGACGUGGAUCCGCUCGCUGCAGUAUUUGGUUGGUGCCAAGCAGUUUGCCGAUGCUGCUGAGACCCUCCAGCGCAGUUUGAAAAGCCUCGCGAGCCACAAGCACCUGCCCGUGAUUCUGAAGUACGGCCAGCUGCUGUAUGAACAGGCCGAGCUGGACAAGGCACGGACGAUUUUCGAGGGUAUCCUGGCCAACUACCCGAAGCGAAUGGACUUGUGGAAUGUCUACUUGGACAAGGAGAUCAAGUUUGGCGACGUGGCGCUCGUGCGUGCGCUCUUUGAGCGUCUCUUGGCAAUGGAGUUUUCGGCCAAGAAGAUGAAGUUCCUGUUCAAGAAGUUUUUGCAGUUUGAGCAGGACCAGGGCGACGACAAACAGGUGGAGCACGUCAAGCAGCUCGCCAAAGACUUUGUUGCUAGUGCGGCGGCCAAGUAG